AUGAAUGUGGUUGGAAAAGUUGGGAGUUUGAUUUCUCAAGGCGUUUACUCUGUUGCUACACCAUUUCAUCCAUUUGGUGGUGCUAUUGAUGUGAUCGUUGUUCAACAACAAGAUGGUUCGUUUAGGAGCACGCCUUGGUAUGUUAGGUUUGGUAAGUUUCAAGGUGUUCUCAAAGGAGCCGAGAAGUUUGUGAAGAUAUCUGUAAAUGGCACCGAAGCUGAUUUCCACAUGUAUCUCGAUAACUCUGGUGAAGCAUAUUUCAUCAGAGAAGUUGAUCCUGCAGCUCAUGAAACCAACAGUUUAAUUUCCGAGUCUGAGAGUAACAAUGGUAAUGAGAAUAAAGGUGUGGGUUUUCGACUCGAGCAUAGUUUGUCUGACACUGGUGCUGAGCGACUACGAGAUGAGUUCAACUCUUUGAAUCGGCUUGAGAGGACAGAGUCUGAUGGUAAUAGGAGGUUUUAUGAUUUUCAGGAUGAUCCACCGUCUCCAACUUCGGAGUAUGGAAGUGCUCGGUUUGAGAAUUUAAAUGUGGAAAACUAUGGGGAUUCUCAAGGCUCAGAUUCUGAAGUGGUUUUAGUGAGUAUCGAUGGACAUAUACUAACAGCUCCUGUGUCAGCAGCAGAACAAGAGGCUGAGAAUUUACGGUUAAAUACUCCUCAGUUUCAUUUGGCCCCUGGUGAUGGGACUGAGUUUUGUGAAGGUAAUACUGAAUUUGCUUCGUCAGAGACUUCGUGGGCUACUGAAUAUAUCGGCAAAGUUGAGUCAUCUGAUGCUGUUAAUAUUGAAUCCGAAAAAGUAGACAUUGCAAGUGUUGAGCGUAAUGGUUUUGAUUCCCAUUCUCCUGGUAAUAUGGAGAAAGAUUCUCAUGAUGCUGAAAGAGAUGUUCUUGGGAACUGUCUGGAACAGCCAGAGUUGACCCAACCUGGUGAGGAUACGAAGUCUAAUGAACGAGCUCCUACUUGUGAGGGUCAGAAUCUAAAAGAAGGUGAGAUUCCACCUACCACCAUCACGGACAAUGAUAGAAGUGAAGAUGAAGUGGCUGUUGAAACAGUAAAAAAAUUUGUUCAUGGCUCUAAAUCUUCAACAACCCAAAUAACAACAGAAGAAGUGAAAACAACUGAGGAAUUCAGGAUAUCCGUUGAUUCUAAUAUUGAGUCAGAAUGUAAGGAUGAACAGCCAAGAACAUCCGGUGAAACUGCCAUCUUGAUUAACAACCAGGAAGGCGGGACUAUAGAAUCAGAAGAUCAGGCUUCUGAAGGAGUCUCUAUAGAGCCAACGAGGGAGGACGAUGAACAACUGACUCCGUCUAAACUGACCGAGGAGGAUAAUGAGGAGGGGAAGACAGUGGAUUCAGUGACUGCGACUUCUAAUGUGGACAUAGGGAAAUCCGAAACAGAGCUGAGAUAUGAGCUUUCACUUUGCAAGGAUGAGCUUCAUGAGGGUAUGGGACUUAGCGCAGCUGCUGAAGUCUUUGAUGCGCAUCGGAUAUCCUUGGAAGAAUAUAAAAUUUCAGCAACGUCAAUUCUUGAAAGUGAAAAUCUGGUUGUUAGGAUUAGAGAAACGUAUAUGCCAUGGAAGAAAGCUGCUCGAAUUGUGCUUGGGAAAGCUGUGUUUGAUCUAGACUUAGAUAUCCAGCCAGAUGAUGUGAUUUCUGUAGAGGAAAAUGAAUCAGCGAAAUCCAAGGAUGACGGAACUACAGUAACUCCUUCGUCCGGAAGAAGAUGGAGACUAUGGCCCAUUCCUUUUAGAAGGGUUAAAACAAUCGAGCAUACAGGUAGUUCCUCCUCGAGCGAGGAAGAUCUAUUUGUAGAUUCUGAACCUGGCUUACAGAACUCACCAGAACCACUAUCAACCACAGAGAGUCGCCAUGAGUCUCCGCGUAGACAACUUGUGAGAACCAAUGUCCCUACCAACGAACAGAUCGCAUCUCUGAAUCUGAAAGAUGGUCAGAAUAUGAUAACUUUUAGUUUCUCCACGAGAGUUUUUGGAACACAACAGGUGGAUGCACAUAUUUACCGGUGGAGAUGGGACACCAAGAUUGUGAUUUCAGAUGUUGAUGGAACUAUAACUAAAUCUGAUGUGUUAGGUCAGUUCAUGCCUUUGGUUGGAAAGGACUGGACACAGUCCGGUGUAGCCAAGCUUUUUUCUGCCAUAAAGGAAAAUGGAUAUCAGCUGCUGUUUCUAAGCGCUCGGGCCAUCGUACAGGCAUAUCUAACGAGAAAUUUCUUACUUAAUCUGAAGCAGGACGGAAACGCUCUGCCAAACGGCCCUGUAGUCAUUUCACCAGACGGGCUAUUUCCAGCAUUGUAUCGUGAAGUUAUAAGAAGAGCACCUCACGAAUUCAAGAUCGCAUGUUUGGAGGAUAUCAGGAAACUCUUCCCAGCGGAUUACAACCCGUUCUAUGCUGGAUUUGGAAAUAGAGAUACCGAUGAGCUGAGUUACAGAAAACUCGGAAUCCCAAAGGGCAAGAUAUUCAUAAUUAACCCAAAGGGAGAGGUCGCUACAGGACAUCGCAUAGAUGCCAAGAAGUCGUACACUUCACUUCAUACGCUUGUCAACGACAUGUUUCCUCCAACUUCGCUUGUUGAGGAGGAAGAUUAUAACCCAUGGAACUUCUGGAAACUACCAGUAGAAGAAGUUGAUUGA